UUUUAAAAAUAAAAAUAAGUUCUUGGAAUUCACUAUUUACUAUUAGCUAAUGUAAAUUGAACUUGUUUUUUUUUGCUUUUAGAUGUCAAGCGAAGAAUCCACGAAUAGAACAGAUCCCGCAUGGAAGUAUCACAGUUUGGUAGAUCCCGCGAACAAUAAUAAAUUUAAGUGUAAUUUUUGUGGCAAAAUAACAAAUGGCGGGGUUUAUCGGGCAAAGAAACACCUUGUGGGAGGUUAUAGGGACGUGUUAGGUUGUCCAAGAUGCCCACCCGAGGUAAAACUAGAGAUUCAAGAGUAUAUGGGAAAAAAGAGAACAUUGAAAGAGCAAAUGCAAAUGAUACCGGAUAUUGAUGAUUAUGGUAUGGAGGAUGAUGAUGAAGAUGAUGUUAUGGAGAUUCCAGUUGGGGCUGUUGGGCGAGGUAAAUCUAUUGGAGGUAAAUCCGUUGGAAGCAGUCAAGGCUCUGUUUCUAAACCUAUGCCAAAAAAGCCGAAGACUAAAGGGCCUAUAGAUGUAUUCUUCACACCUAAUCCAGAUGUUGUGGUGAAAAAUAGGAAAGGGAAAGAACCAACAAUUGAUGCGAAUGACCCAUACAAGAAAGAACUAAGAGAUCGUGCAGUGACGAGAUUCGCAAGGUGGAUGUAUGAUGCCUGUAUUGCUUUUAAUGCAAUUAAAUAUCCGAGUUUUGGGUCCACGGUUGAAUCUAUUGGGCAAUAUAGCCCAAGCAUGAAACCACCAAGUUACCAUGAGACACGGGUCACCUAUUUGAAGAAGGAGGUGAUUAAUACUAAUAGAUUGAUGAAGGAUCACAAAGAGGAUUGGGUGAAAUAUGAAUGCUCUAUAAUGGUGGACGGAUGGAAUGAUAGAAAUCACAGGAGCUUAAUCAAUAUUUUGGUGAAUUGUCCAAAGGGAACAACGUUUAUCGAGUCCAUCGAUACCUCAAGCUAUUCUAAGGAUGGAAAAAGGUUGUUUGAACUUUUUGACAAGUAUGUGGAACUCGUCGGUGAACCCAAUGUAGUCCAAAUUGUCACAGAUAGUGCCUCGGCUAAUGUAUCGGUUGGUAAGAAUUUUAUUUAAUAUAUUUCAUACUGAGUGUUAAACAUUUGUAGGUUGUACUUUGUUGUAAUACUUUCUUUUUUGUUUCAACAUCUAAUAGGAAAGUUUUUGCAAGUAAAGCGACCAACUCUUUAUUGGACACCAUGUGCGGCCCAUUGCAUUGACUUGAUGUUGGAAGAUAUUUCAAGAUACCACAUCUUAAGGUGGUUUUUGAAAAGGCCAUUAGGUUUAAUGGUAAUAUUUAUGCCCAUCCAGGCAUAAUUAAUAUGAUGAGGCGUUUUACCGGAGAAAGGGAAAUGGUGAGGCAUGCAAAAACAAGAUUCGCAACUGCUUUCCUCACUUUAUCUAGGAUUUAUCAACAAAAGAACAAUUUGAGGAAGAUGUUCAUUUCAGAAGAAUGGACAUCUAGCAAAUGGGCAAAGGAGCAAUUAGGCAAAGAAGUGGCAAGAUAUGUUAUGUUCGCUUCUUUUUGGAAUAAUAUCGUUUACGCUCUUAAGGUCGUUGGUCCUCUUGUGAAGGUGUUGAGAUUGGCUGAUAGCGAGAGAAAGCCUCCCAUGGGAUACAUCUAUAAAGCUAUGGAUAGGGCAAAAGAAGCCAUAGCCAAAUCAUUUGGCGAAAAGGUUGAAAAAUACCAAGACAUCUAUGCUAUUAUUGACAAUAGAUGGGCAAUCCAGUUGCAUAGUCCUUUGCAUGCUGC